CUUUCUUUCUACUUUCAGGCCAGUAGAAGAGUUAAACUCAGCGAGGAUGUCUCCAUUCAUCCGUCCCCAUCCUCCUCCACGCCACGACCACGGUCACCACCACCACCACCACCAACAUCAGAAUUUUCAUCAUCAUCAUCACCAUCACAACCACCACCAUCAUCAUCUUCACCAACACCAUCACCACCACCAUCACCACCCACAAUGCCUUCUUCGUCAUCGUCACCUUCCUCCUCUUCGACUUCUAAGCCUCAUCCCAUUCAGACCCUGCCAUCAUCGCCUCUUCCGUCUACACCACCGUCAUCGCCAGCUACUUCGAAGUCGUCGUCAUCGUCAAAAGCAGCGCCACCGCAACCAUUAUUGUCAAGAUCCAGAUCUCUAUCGUCGACGUCGUCCACAACGACAACGCCGGAGCCUGCGGUGCCGGUUCUGAUGAGAGGAAAAUCCGAGGGAGGAACAUCCAAGGUAGGGAGGCUGGAACGUCGGAGAAAGAUAAGUUUCUCAGCCGAGUCGCUGCUCAUUGCCGCCAUUCAGGACGGCGACACGGACGACUUGUUACGCGUGCUUCGCUGUCGGCCCGUGGAUUACAGCAACAACAGCAGCUGUGGUAGUGAUGGUCAUGCAUCAUCGGCUAUCACUGAGUACGACCAGAUCACAAAGCAACUGGUCAACCAGACCAACCAUACGGGACUAACGCCCCUACAUCACGGAGUACUCACCAAUAACCUGGAUGCUGUUAAGAUUUUGCUGACGUGCGGCGCCGAUGUCAAUGCACAGGACGAGAAUGGUUUCACACCGCUGCACACGGCAUCGGCCUGCGGCUUUAUGCAAGUGGUCAGCCUGUUGAUUCUGUUUGGCGCCGAUGUGUUCUUGUUGACCAAAGAGGCUGAGUUGGCGGUGGAUGUCUGCAAGGACAUUCAAGUGAUCCGGUUGCUCUCGCAGGAGAUGUAUGUGCGGAUCCACAGCGAGAUCUACGUGUCGGCGUGGCUGGUGCAGAAAGUGAAAGAAGGAUGGUGUCUGCUGGUUCAAUACCUGCAGAAGACUUGGAAGUAUUUCUAUAAAAUGUAUCUGUGUUAUACGAGUGAGAGGAGUAGGAAGAGGAACUGAUAUUGAGGCCACAAUAAAAUAAUAAAGAAUUCAUUUUUAAUUGUUGCCUGAAGAACCCAACACAACACAAAGUGUGAAACUCUGAGUAUUGAUAUAAUGAAUCACCAACUUCCAAAGAAUAAAUAUACUCUACCACCUGUUUUGAGUGCACUUUCUUACU